AUGAAGAUUACCCAGAGUCUGGGUAAUCAUUUCCCGCGAGAAAAUAUAGCGAAACUUACGGAUUGUUGUGUGAAUGUAUCGAAAUUACACAUCGACUGGCAAUUUGGGCGAUUUCUUGGAGUGGUAGAAACUGGGGUUUGGCUGCUGCUAGAGCCGCAACCUGAGGGAAGGCGACCUGAGGUUGGGGUUGGACCUGGGGCAGAAUCUGAGGCUGGGACUGGGGUAGGACUUGAGAUAGAGGCUGGGGCUGAGGGGCUAGUUGGGGUUGGAAUUGGGGCCUGA